AUUUGGAUUAGUGCGCAAAACUAAGAACAAAAAGUUAAUAUUUCUCAAAAAAUAACGAUCGAAAGUUAUUAAAAGGUAACGCUACUGUGGAAGUGAACGCAUCUAUAUAUGUCCACUGAUAAUAAUAGAACCGUUUUGACUUCAUGUGUUAAAUGCGGUGAAAAUGCCAAUUAUGUGUGUGAGAAUUGCCAUGAUUUUUAUUGCUCUAAGGUGUGCCAAAGGCAAGAUUGGGACAGCCAUCGCGAUAUAUGUGAGAGAAUUCCUAAUCUAGUGCCAAAUGUAGAAAAUAAAAAGUUACAAAAAAGUUCAAAUGAUGAACAGGGUGAAAAAUUAGUAGCUAAUUAUUUUGAACUUAAACAAAUCAGGGUGAAUAAAGAUGAUACCAAAGCACAACAAAACAGUGAUCACCAAGCAUCUGAUAACUAUUCUGAUUUAGGAUCCUUUAGCAAUUUUCAACAACGUGAACAUGAGAACCCAAAACCUGUCGACAGUAACACUAAGUAUUGUCAGAGUCAACAAUAUUAUACUAACAAUAAUGUACCACAACGUCCUAGUCAUUCCACUAAUACAGUUCUACAAUACACAUGUGGAGAUACGCAGAAAGGAUUAAUCGUUGGUAGUCAUUCUCAGCAGCAUAAUUCUGAGAGUGCAAUAAUAAAAAAUCAGUACCAUGGUAUGGGAAGCAUAAGAAAUAAUGACUCUGGCGAACCAAAGUUUAAUGAGGGUGGACAAAAUCAACUGAAUUGUGAUGGGAUACGAUAUCGUGAAAAUGAUAAUGAAGGACAAAAAAGUCAACGUCAACAUACAAGUACGAGUGUGCAAGAAUAUCUUCAAUCAAGGCGUGGCUAUGAUAGUAAUCAACAACAAAAUUACGGAAGUCAAGUAGACAAAUGCGAUGAUCAGCAGCUCCGUAAUUCCGUUGGUCAACAAAUACAGCCUAACUACAGCAGCCUACAAGAUCAAAAUAAAAUAGUGGUUGAUCAGAAUUUAAAUUUUGAUUCUCCAGAAACUAACAAUGAUUGCCGUAGUAUUAAAAAAGACCACCAACCUCAGAAUCAAUCGACAAAUGGUAUGAACAAUCGUAAUCGAAUUAAUCAAUUUAGUGACGUUCAAAAAAGAUUAAUGGUUUGUAGUCAUUCUCAGCAGCAUAAUUCUGAGAGUGCAAUAAUGAAAAAUCAGUACCAUGGUAUGGGAAGCUUAAGAAAUAAUGACUCUGGCGAACCAAAGUUUAAUAAGGCUGACCAAAAUCAACUGAAUUGUGAUGGGAUACGAGAUCGUGAAAAUGAUAAUAAAGGACAAGAAAGUCAACGUCAACAUACAAGUAUGAGUGUGCAAGAAUAUCUUCAAUCAAGAGGUGGCUAUGAUAGUAAUCAACAACAAAGUUACGGAAGUCAACUGGACAAAUGCGAUGAUCAGCAGCACCGUUAUUCCGUUGGUCAACAAAAACAGCCUAACCACAGCAGCCUACAAGAUCCAAAUAAAGUAGUAGUUGAUCAGAAUUUGAAUUUUGAUUCUUCAGAAACUAACAAUGAUUGCCGAAGUAUUAACAAAGACCACCAACGUCAGAAUCAAUCGACAAAUGGUAUGAACAAUCGUAAUCGAAUUAAUCAAUUUAGUGACGUUCAGAAAAGAUUAAUGGUUUAUAGUCAUUCUCAGCAGCAUAAUUCUGAGAGUGGAAUAAUGAAAAAUCAGUACCAUGGUAUGGGAAGCUUACGAAAUAAUGACUCUGGCGAACCAAAGUUUAAUAAGGGUGACCAAAAUCAGAUGAAUUGCGGUGGGACACGAUAUCGUGAAAAUGAUAAUAAAGGACAAGAAAGUCAACGUCAAUAUGAAGGUAUGGGUGUACAAGAAUCUCUUCAAUCAAGACAUGGCUAUGAUAGUAACCAAAAGCAAAGUUACGGAAGUCAACUAGAAAAAUUCGAUGAUCAGCAGCACCGUAAUUCCGUUGGUCAACAACAACAGCCUAACUACAGCAGCCUACAAGAUCAAAAUAAAGUAGUGAUUGAUCAGAAUUUGAAUCUUGAUUCUUCAGAAACUAACAACGAUUGCCGUAGUAUCAAUGAAGACCAUCAGCGUCAGAAUCAAUCGACAAAUGGUAUUAACAAUCGCAAUCGAAUUAAUCAAUUUAGUGACGUUCAAAAAAGAUUAAUGGUUUAUAGUCAUUCUCAGCAGCAUAAUUCUGAGAGUGCAAUAAUGAAAAAUCAGUGCCAUGGUAUGGGAAGCUUACGAAAUAAUGAAUCUGGUGAACCAAAGUUUAAUGAGGGUGACCAAAAUCAAUUGAAUUGCGAUGGAAUACGAUAUCGUGAAAAUGAUAAUGAAGGACAAAAAAGUCAACGUCAACAUACAAGUAUGAGUGUGCAAGAAUAUCUUCAAUCAAGAGGUGGCUAUGAUAGUAAUCAACAACAAAGUUACGGAAGUCAACUGGACAAAUGCGAUGAUCAGCAGCACCGUUAUUCCGUUGGUCAACAAAAACAGCCUAACCACAGCAGCCUACAAGAUCCAAAUAAAGUAGUAGUUGAUCAGAAUUUGAAUUUUGAUUCUUCAGAAACUAACAAUGAUUGCCGAAGUAUUAACAAAGACCACCAACGUCAGAAUCAAUCGACAAAUGGUAUGAACAAUCGUAAUCGAAUUAAUCAAUUUAGUGACGUUCAGAAAAGAUUAAUGGUUUAUAGUCAUUCUCAGCAGCAUAAUUCUGAGAGUGGAAUAAUGAAAAAUCAGUACCAUGGUAUGGGAAGCUUACGAAAUAAUGACUCUGGCGAACCAAAGUUUAAUAAGGGUGACCAAAAUCAGAUGAAUUGCGGUGGGACACGAUAUCGUGAAAAUGAUAAUAAAGGACAAGAAAGUCAACGUCAAUAUGAAGGUAUGGGUGUACAAGAAUCUCUUCAAUCAAGACAUGGCUAUGAUAGUAACCAAAAGCAAAGUUACGGAAGUCAACUAGAAAAAUUCGAUGAUCAGCAGCACCGUAAUUCCGUUGGGCAACAACAACAGCCUAACUACAGCAGCCUACAAGAUCAAAUUAAACUAGUGGUUGAUCAGAAUUUGAAUCUUGAUUCUUCAGAAACCAACAAUGAUUGCCGUAGUAUUAAAAAAGACCACCAACGUCAGAAUCAAUCGACAAAUGGUAUGAACAAUCGUAAUCGAAUUAAUCAAUUUAGUGACGUUCAGAAAAGAUUAAUGGUUUAUAGUCAUUCUCAGCAGCAUAAUUCUGAGAGUGCAAUAAUGAAAAAUCAGUACCAUGGUAUGGGAAGCUUAAGAAAUAAUGACUCUGGCGAACCAAACUUUAAUAAGGGUGACCAAAAUCAGAAGAAUUGCGGUGGGACACGAUAUCGUGAAAAUGAUAAUAAAGGACAAGAAAGUCAACGUCAAUAUGAAGGUAUGGGUGUACAAGAAUCUCUUCAAUCAAGACAUGGCUAUGAUAGUAACCAAAAGCAAAGUUACGGAAGUCAACUAGAAAAAUUCGAUGAUCAGCAGCACCGUAAUUCCGUUGGUCAACAACAACAGCCUAACCACAGCAGCCUACAAGAUCAAAUUAAACUAGUGGUUGAUCAGAAUUUGAAUCUUGAUUCUUCAGAAACCAACAAUGAUUGCCGUAGUAUUAAAAAAGACCACCAACGUCAGAAUCAAUCGACAAAUGGUAUGAACAAUCGUAAUCGAAUUAAUCAAUUUAGUGACGUUCAGAAAAGAUUAAUGGUUUAUAGUCAUUCUCAGCAGCAUAAUUCUGAGAGUGCAAUAAUGAAAAAUCAGUACCAUGGUAUGGGAAGCUUAAGAAAUAAUGAAUCUGGUGAACCAAAGUUUAAUGAGGGUGACCAAAAUCAACUGAAUUGCGAUGGAAUACGAUAUCGUGAAAAUGAUAAUGAAGGACAAAAAAGUCAACGUCAACAUACAGGUAUGAGUGUGCAAGAAUAUUUUCAAUCAAGAGGUGGCUAUGAUAGUAAUCAACAACAAAGUUACGGAAGUCAACUGGACAAAUGCGAUGAUCAGCAGCACCGUUAUUCCGUUGGGCAACAACAACAGCCUAACCGCAGCAGCCAACAAGAUCAAAAUAAAGUAGUGGUUAAUCAGAAUUUGAAUUUUGAUUCUCCAGAAACUACUUAUGAUUGCCGCAGUGUCAAUGAAGACCACCAACGUCAGAAUCAAUCGACAAAUGGUAUUAACAAUCGUAAUCGAAUUAAUCAAUUUAGUGACGUUCAAAAUGGAUUAAUGGUUUGUAGUCAUUCUCAGCAGCAUAAUUCUGAGAGUGCAAUAAUGAAAAAUCAGUACCAUGGUAUGGGAAGCUUAAGAAAUAAUGACUCUGACGAACCAAACUUUAAUAAGGGUGACCAAAAUCAGAUGAAUUGCGGUGGGACACGAUAUCGUGAAAAUGAUAAUAAAGGACAAGAAAGUCAACGUCAAUAUGAAAGUAUGGGUGUACAAGAAUCUCUUCAAUCAAGACAUGGCUAUGAUAGUAACCAAAAGCAAAGUUACGGAAGUCAACUAGAAAAAUUCGAUGAUCAGCAGCACCGUAAUUCCGUUGGUCAACAACAACAGCCUAACCACAGCAGCCUACAAGAUCAAAUUAAACUAGUGGUUGAUCAGAAUUUGAAUCUUGAUUCUUCAGAAACCAACAAUGAUUGCCGUAGUAUUAAAAAAGACCACCAACCUCAGAAUCAAUCGACAAAUGGUAUUAACAAUCGUAAUCGAAUUAAUCAAUUUAGUGACGUUCAAAAAAGAUUAAUGGUUUAUAGUCAUUCUCAGCAGCAUAAUUCUGAGAGUGCAAUAAUGAAAAAUCAGUACCAUGGUAUGGGAAGCUUACGAAAUAAUGACUCUGGCGAACCAAAGUUUAAUAAGGGUGGCCAAAAUGAGCUGAAUUGUAAUAGGACACGAGAUCGUCAAAAUGAUAAUAAAGGACAAGAAAGUCAACGUCAAUAUAAAGGCAUAGGUAUACAAGAAUAUCUUCAAUCAAGACGUGGCUAUGGUAGUAACCAACAACAAAGUUACGAUAGUCAACUAGAUAAAUGCGAUUGUCAGCUGCACCGUAAUUCCGUUGGGCAACAACAACAGCCUAACCACAGCAGCCUAGAAGAUCAAAAUAAAGUAGUGGCUGAUCAGAAUUUAAAUUUUGAUUCUCCAGAAACUAAUAAUGAUUGCCGCAGUAUCAAUGAAGACCAUCAGCGUCAGCAUCAAUUCGAUAAGUCGCAAUCAAGUUUACCAGACUGAUCAACAGAAUAAUGACAAAGAACAACAAUCAACAGUAUCAGUAUGAAUCAAAUAAUCAUGAACAUCAAUACGAAAAUGUUAAGGAAGCUGUUAAUGGGCCCGUUUUUUAUCCAGUAUAUUGAAAACAAAGAAAAAAAUUUUCACAAAUAUUGUGGUAUAUAUUAGAAAUAGUGAUUUGUAUUUCCGUUACCAACCACGACACAAUUAUAAAUGUGCAAAGGUUUUUGGAAGAAAUGGAUAAAGGUGAUGAAUCUUAUAAACUAAUUAUAAACGAAUACUGUAUCGCCCUGUUUGAAGGAGUGUGUUAUCGACGUAAAGUAAUUGGUGUGAAUGAAACAAGCUUCAAUUUUAAAUGCAUUGACUUUAGUAAUGAGUAUUUGGUAAGAGGAGAAUAUAUUCGUCGAUAUCCCAAUCAACUUUCUGAAGAAAACUUAACAAAAAUUUCCAAACUUGCAGAUUCAUCCAAAAUGCUAAGCCAAAAACUGGUAAAACACUUGAAGAAUAGAUUAGUCGGUUUCCAAAGAUUAUUUAUAAUAGCAGUUAAAGUGCGGAAUAAUAUAUACGAAAUCGAGUGCCCAAUUUUCUUAAAACAACUUUCCGA